AUGACACACGCAUAUUACGCGGACGCGUGGAAAAAAACAAAUAGACGACAAAGAGUAUGGUACACCGAACAUUUGAUGCCGGCUCUGCUGGCAGCGAAAGAGAAACGGGUUCGAGAUAUCGACACUCUUAUAGCUAUGACGCAAGAAUUAAUCGAUAUAUAUAACGAACCGGCUGCGAAAUCAAAACCCGUGAGUCCUCGUGUUGUGGAACAAAGUGAUGAUCUCAAUCUGAUGAAACCUAUUGAACCUGAAGUGCUGAAUUUAUUGUAUGGUAGCACAGAAAAGGGUGCCGCUGAAAGAUAUCUUAAGGCUAGGUAUAAGAAGGCACCAGAAGAUAAGUUUUAUUUCCGUGUCGCAACCAACUUUGACUAUGGAUGGCAACAGAAGCAGGGUCGAGUGGCUCGAGACGUGAAUCGUGGUCGUUGUGCGAUACUACGGGAUACGUUCUAUCGCAAAAACAAUCUGGCACCGGAUCCCAUACAUUAUUCGCAACCUGCCGGUGGCGAAAUAUCGAUUUGUAGCGAAUAUUCAUGUCAUUUCAAUUAA